AUGGGCCGCAAACCGAACCAACUCAUCCUCGAGUUCUUCCACCGGGGUCCUAAGCUGGAAGACGCGAGCAAUCGAUACCAACACACCUGCAAGGCCUGUGGCGAAGUGUUCCCCAAGGGACGCAUCGACAGCCUGACCAACCACCUGGUGAAGAAGUGCCAGGCCAUCCCCCUCCGUGAUCGUCAACGCGUCUUGUUGCGACUCCAUGAACUUCCUGACCUGACUGAUGGGGAGUCAAACAAAGAUUCUCCCACUGGAAAAGGAAAGGGCGAAGGCGGAUUCCCCAAUCGCCAGAACUUCGACGGCCUUAACGUCCUGGCCGAAGCCUCGCGACAGGUUGGCGCAUCAGACGUGACCAAGCGUCCUGGAUACACCCAGUCCGUGACAGCUGGUGGGAAGACUGUGAUCGUUGACCCUGCGCUCGAAGCGGAGGGAUUCCAAGGCCAGGCUCAGGGAUCUGAACAGGUUGAUGGAGCGGGAAAUGCCGAAGGAACUCCUCAAUCGUCCAACGCGCCCAGCAUCCCCGCUCUUCCAAGCCACACUCCCAACGAGCACCACGGCUCGCACUCUCCCCCGCUUGGCGAUACCUCCAUGUCGCCUGAAUCCACAUCUAAUGCGCGUCAGUCACAACUGUCUUUGAUUGCGGCAUCUGCCAACGAGAUGGUCCCACAGGGGCUCUCACUAGAUGGUGACAGCAUUGGUCCUGAUGGAAUAAAAUUGGGUCAGUGGAGCCAGCAGCUGUCUACUCAUGAGCAGCUUCUGUUUGACAGUCUGGCGGAGCAUGACCCCUCCCUGACUGCAGCCACCCAGAGGGCUGCUUCUUACCCUCGUCCUAUCGCAAUGAACCCCAACACACAAGCGAAAGGAUUUGUGAAUGAAUUUGGUAACUCCACCAAACCAAUGAAACCCAAGGUUCGGGGACGCUUUUCGGCAGAGCGACGACGCGAAGUCCAAGAUGUGAGGAAGAAGGGAGCUUGCCUGCGUUGCCGCAUGCUCAAGAAACCAUGCUCCGGUGAUACCCCUUGCACCACGUGCGCUAGCGUUGAAAGUGCCCGCCUUUGGAAGCACCCGUGCCUGCGUACCCGCCUUUCAGAUGAGUUCGAGCUUUACAAUGCCAACCUCAAUUCUACGCUCGCCUACCAUGACACCAACAGCAUCAAGGCCCAGGUUAAGUUUGAGAAUUACUCUGGCCGUAUUGAAGUCACGCACUUUGAAGAGAGCAACUCGUUCAUGACAUUCAAUGGACUUCAAGGCCACCGUCAAUCUGUCUCUGCCCUUGACCCCCAGCUCCAAGCUUUGGGCGACGAUCAAUUCUCUGGCUCUUUGCAAGAGGUUUACUUGCUGGAUGCUGAUUCUGAUGACAUUCCCAGCAAGCUGGAGAUGUACAUCAAGAAGAACGCUUCCUACUUCUAUGAGCGAGAGACCUCGCCUUUCAUGAAGCCAACUCUGCUGCUUGCUGCGGAAAUUAACUCAUCGAAGAAGGACAUUCUCUUGGAGCGUGUGCUGGAGCUUUGGGUGGCUACUCACAUCCUCGUCGACACCGAACUUACCUGGAAAACCUACUACAACCCUACUCUGCCUCCUAACUCCUUGCACUCCCUUUCUCAGCCCUCCGACGAGGGUCGUUUGCCCAUUGAACAGGUCUCUGACCCAGAGUCCCACGGCCUCCUCUGCAGCCAGCUCCGUGCCGCCAUGGAAAAGCGCGCUUCGCAGCUGAGCAAGUUCGUCAUCAACGACCUUGAGCGUCGCCUUCUCCAGCGUCAGAAGUGUGGAUGGUUUGACACCUUCAUUGUUGCAAUUAUUCUUCUUAACUGCGUGGAGCGCACUUGCUGGCUCUUCCGCUCCUGGGACAAUGAGAACUUCUCCCAGCGUUGGCCCUUGGACAAGCGUCCCCCCUACUACUUCAACCAGUCCGACCGUUUUGCCGACAUCCUCGAGAUGCUCCUGCGCAUGCGCCAUAUUCCUCCCAAGGCUACCUUCCGUCCCGACAACGGCAUUCUCAAGGCUGUCGAUGGCAGCGACGAGCAUGCAGUUCGCUGGUUUGAUAUGAUUCAGCUUACCCCUUACUUUAUCGAAGAGCGCAAGAACGCCGUCUUCGACCCAUCCGACUCGCGCUCCCUUGAUUGUCACCACAGUGCCAAUCUUCUCGAGCCCAACAACGCGACCUAG